AUGAUUUUGGAAAAGCCCUCCGCUCAGCUACAAGUGCUAAUUAGAACAAAAUGUAACGAAAACAUUGAGACUAGAAAUCAAGACCUCGAAACAAUCAAGGAAUGGCUUAGGAAACAGCCGCAUUUACCGGAUACUUGGGAUGAUGAAAUACUACUAGCCUAUUUACGCAGCUCUAAUUUCUCAUUGGAAAAUACUAAAGAUAAACUGGACAAGUUCUUUAGUAUCAAACAUGUACUUCCGGAAGUUUUUGCAGAUUAUGAUAUCACAAGACCGGAGUUACAAGAGUGCUUACGUAGCGUCCAAUUCUGUACGAGUCCAUAUCUCACAUCUGAAGGGUACCGAGUACACUUUGCUCGCGUUAUUGAUUCACAGUCAGAUAAUAUUAAUUUUAUCACAUUUUUGAAACUAAUAAUGAUGUUUAUCCACAUUUAUCUGAAAGCCGAAGCUGUGGAAGUGGCUGGUGAAAUCGUGGUUUUAGAUACAAGUUUUUUCAAUUUGAAACAUGCUGCUCAAAUUACUCCGAUGUUUGCCAAGAAAUUUCUGAAUUUUGUGCAAAAUGCCGUGGGUUUCAAAGUUAAACAAUUUAAUAUAGUUAAUGCACCAGCACUUGUGGAUACUUUUCUAAAGUUUUUAUCUCCAUUUCUUAAAGAAAAACUAAGAAAUCGGAUAUGUUUGCACCGGAAUAUUGAGUCCCUUUUUGAUCACAUUCCCAAAAGUAUGGCACCAGAGGAGUUUGGAGGAACUGCUGGAAAAAUACAACCACAUUCGGACAAAUUAGCUACGCUGAUUAACGGAAAGUUUAGCUCGUGGCUAAAAGAACAAGAAAAUAUAAAAUCGGAUGAAACGAAAAGAACAGUAAAGCCACAAUGGUGCGACGAUUUGUUUGGGUUAGAUGGCACUUUCAAACAGCUGAACGUAGACUAG